AUGGAAUCAGAAGUUGAUGAAUACGAUGAGUCUGAAAUGAAAAUGGGACAGAGAUACUACCCUGGAGAGAUGUACGUUGACGAGGAUGGUCAACUCUCAUGGUUCAAUGCAGGUGUCAGAGUCGGAGUUGGGAUAGGCCUUGGUAUGUGCCUUGGAGUAGGCAUUGGAGUUGGAUUGCUCAUGCGUUCAUACCAAGCGACAACUAGUAACCUUCGUAGGAGGUUUCUCUGA